AAUGUUGUGUUUUCAUUAAUGUUGCUGUGCAUUCGUUAAUGUUGUAGUGUUUUGCACCUCAGGGCCACCGUACUUUUACUUUCGCUGUUGAGCAUUUAGCAUAAUACAGGAAAUAAAACUGGUUAUUUUGUUGAUUAGUACUGCUGGACGUUAUUUAACUAAAUUAGGUAAAAUUAAGAAAAAUCACCAUACAGUAACGUAAGUGAUAAAAUAUUUCCGAUAGCACCUGAAUGUAACAAGGCUGCUGUGUCUGAGGUGUGCAUUGUGAAUUUGAACAAACGGACCAAUCAGAAACCUCGCCAAGCGGAAGCAAGAAGGCGUUCCGUCACUCCAGACCAAUCAAUACGCAGCUCCGUUGUUUGCCUUCAUUUUUGAAUUGCGCUCUAACAGAACACUGACAAUUUCACUGAGGUAAAUAAAUGUAAGCAAACAGAAAAGCUUAUUAGACUCUUUUUACCGUUUUGGAACAACAUGCACUGACUGGUGCUGGAGCUUUUCUUUGGGGGACCUAACGAACUGGUUUGAAGAGACGUCAACAGGAGAUAAUUGAGUUCUAUCUCGUUAUAUUUGCAACUCAGCAGUUAGCUAAGCUUUUUUAGCUAGAGACCUAAUCGAAGGUUUGAAUAUCCCAGGAUUCCUGCCAUGGCUGAAAGCAGCAUGCUGACUUUGGUGCAUGCCCGGAGUCUGCUGGUGGAUUCUUCAGUCUAUGACUCCAGGAUUGUUGAAACCACAAAGGACCAGGGAUUCCUGGGGAUGACCAGUGAAGAUGGGGAAGAUAUGUUGCCCAAAGUGAAGACGCAGGUUGUUCUGGUGGGAGAAGCGGGCAGAAAUGAAGCUCUUGUUAAAGCCGUGCAGGCCAUCAGAAUAAUGGAGGUACCUGUGGUAAAGAUAAGAGAAGGCGAGGCGGGUUCCAAGGAGAAAAUGAUGAUAAAAUCUAUAGUCACUAUGGAUAUCAACACACCGUUCAUAAAGACAGAUAACGUCCAGGAAUUUGCAGAUGAAGACAACACAGACUGUGAGAUGGUGUUUGUCCUCACAGACUUCAGCUCCCCUGAGUACAUCUACCUCUACAAACACGAGAACCGGAUCAUUGGGCCUCCUGUUGUGCUGCGCUGCGCUGCUAAGGAAGAGCCGCUCCAUUUUUCAUGCCGUCCUCUUUACUGCACUGCCAUGCUGAACCUGUCGCUGUGUUUAACUGGCUUCAGGAACAAGGAGGAAAUGAAAAGCUUGGUGAAUUUGGUUCAUCACAUGGGUGGAACAAUCCGGAAAGACUUUAGCGCCAAGGUCACUCAUCUUGUUGCUUACUCCACUCAUGGAGAGAAAUACAGGCUGGCAGUGUGUAUGGGAACUCCCAUUUUCUCUCCAUCUUGGAUACAGAAGGCAUGGGAAAAAAGAGACCAUGUUCAUUUUCAUGCCAAUGACGAGGAGUUCCGAACAGAGUUCAAAGUCCCUCCCUUCCAGAACUGCAUCCUCAGUUUUUUGGGUUUCUCAGAGGAAGAGAAGUUCAACAUGGAGGAGAGGACUCUUAAACAUGGUGGCCGAUAUGCUGAGGUUGGAGAUGACCAAUGUACACACAUGGUGGUGGAGGAGAACUCUGUGAAAGAUCUGCCAGUGUCUCCCUCCCAGAAACUUUUUGUUGUCAAACAGGAGUGGUUCUGGGGAAGCAUUCAGAUGGACGCUCGAGCUGGAGAGUCCAUGUACCUGUAUGAAAAGAACGAUAGUCCCAGCAUGAAGAAAGCCGUGUCCCUGCUGUCCCUCACCACCCCCACCUCCAACCGCAAACGCCGGCGUCUCAGGGACACCCUUGCUCAGCUCACCAAGGAAAUGGAGAUCUCCCCCUUUCCGCCACCACGUAAAAGGCCGUCAGCAGAGCACUCCCUGUCUAUUGGCUCUCUGUUGGACAUCUCCAAUACCCCUGAAACCUGCAAGGCAUUAGGAGAAGACAGAUUAGAGGACAGUACUGUGACCAGGGCUAGGAUAAGAAGAAGGAAAACCAGAGAAAGGAGGUCUAGGUCAGGCAGGGAAAGGAGGAGAAAAAGGUCCCACCGGAGUGCUGGUCAGCAAACCUCUGAUGAUCAGCAGCAAGGAGCGUGUGCAGAGAGUUCAAAACCUUCCAAGAGUUCAACUCCAGUGGUUUCCAAACAGUCAGCCAGGUGGCAGGUCUCCAAGGAGCUCUAUCAGACCGAAAGCAACUAUGUAGACAUCUUAAACACCAUUUUGCAGCUUUUCAAGCAUCCAUUAGAAAAAGAGGGCCAGGUCGGCGGGCCCAUCUUGGCCCAGGAGGAAAUUAAGACCAUCUUCGGCAGCAUCCCGGAAAUCUACGAGGUUCACACCAGAAUAAAGAAUGACCUUGAGGAGCUCCUCACAGACUGGUCAGAAAGCAGAAGUGUUGGAGACAUCAUUCUCAAAUACUCUAAAGAGUUGCUGAAGGCCUAUCCCCCAUUUGUAAACUUCUUUGAGAUGAGCAAAGAGACCAUUGUUCGAUGUGAAAAACAGAAGGCCCGCUUCCAUGCUUUCCUUAAGAUCAACCAGGCCAAGCCAGAGUGCGGCAGGCAGACGCUUGCAGAGCUGCUCAUCAGACCAGUGCAGAGACUGCCAAGUGUGGCCCUCCUACUCAGUGACAUAAAGAAACACACAUCAGAUGACAACCCAGACAAGAUAACUCUGGAAAGAGCAAUAGAGUCCCUAAAGGAAGUGAUGACACACAUCAAUGAGGACAAGAGGAAGACUGAAGGCCAGAAGCAAAUCUUUGAUGUUGUCUAUGAAGUUGAUGGAUGUCCUGCCAACCUGCUGUCGUCCCAUCGAAGCCUGGUGCAUCGAGUAGAAACCAUCGCUCUGGGAGACGAGCCGUGUGACCGCGGCGAACACGUCACACUCUUCCUCUUUAACGACUGCCUGGAGAUUGCCAGGAAGCGUCACAAAGUGAUCAAUACAUUUAAAAGUCCAGUGGGGCAGUCCAGGCCUCCCCCUCCGCUGAAGCACAUCGCUCUCAUGCCGCUGUCACAGAUUCGAAAAGUGCUGGAUUUGCAUGACACUGAAGAAUGUGCAAAUGCAUUCGCACUGGUGGUCCACCCCCCCACUGAACAGGAGAACUUGUUGUUCAGUUUCCAGCUGGCUGGAGAGGAAACAGUUAAACGUGACUGGCUGCGUACUCUGUGUCGUCAUGUUGCCAACACCAUCUGCAGAGCUGAUUCGGAGGAUCUGAUUCAGUGCACAGAGCCAGACUCACUGCAGGUCACCACUAAGGAUAUGGACAGCACACUAAGCAAAGCUUCCAGAGCCAUUAAGAAGACCUCAAAAAAGGUAACAAGGGCAUUUUCUUUCACUAAGACCCCCAAGCGUGUCCUCCAGAGGGCCUUCUUGGCCAACACCACUCCAGAUGAGAAAAGUCAGAGGCUGAGCUGUGAGAACCGGGUCUGCAGUAGCUCAACGUUGGCUGCGCACCACUCCCCCUCCAUGGUCAACCUGCCAACCAUGUUUGAGAGGAAGUACCACACAUUCUCCCGGUCAUCCACCCAUCUCUUCUGAUAUGUCACUGGUUGGUGAACCAGCUUCCUCCACCACCAAGAUAAACUCAGAAAAUGUGUUUUCUGGUUAAAUCAACAGUAAUCUCAGGGCCAACUCUUCCAUGUUUCCACGCUGAAGCUCUGAACAGUCUUUCCACAUGCAGAAAAUGUGACGGUAUUUUGGAGAAGGAAUCUGCAGAAAGGACAUAAUGAUAUUUGCCAGUAUCAGAAUUGUCCUGUUUCCAUAGCAGGAUGAAGACGAUGAACCAGUUCUUCAUCCCGAUGCAGGUUCUGAAGCCCAGCCCAUGGAUGUGGCUGGUAUUGUGAAUGGCAUGUUGUCAUGCUGAGGUUCACUGCACACUGAAAAAAGAAAUGAAGGAGACUCUUUUAGUUAAAUUUUGCUGAUGUCCUGAUCAACAAGUACCACUUCUGUUCAUCUGAUUGGUCAGUUCAUAUGUUGUUGACACGCUGCUGUUAAAUAUCCUCCAUGACUAGCAUUACUUGCUUUGUUUAUUGACACAUUCACAAUGAAUAGAUUGAGAGUACAUAUUAGUUUGUCCCUCGUUGUCCCUGGACUCUAACAUGUUUGCUAAUGCGAUUGUAGUUUCAAAGAUGAGGCUUUUUUUAAACCAAUUACUCUUCAGCUGUUCCUGUAAUAACAAAGUUUAAUUUUUCUCUCACUGACUUAAUUUUCUUUAAUAUUUGACAAACGUCUAAACUGACAUUUUUUUAGUGGGAAAAAGUGUUUUUACCUUUAACUUCAGCUCUUUAUUUGACCUUUAUUUUCUGCAUGUAAACUAUUAUAGUUCACAACUUUUAUAAAGCUGUAAACACGAGGUUGGGAAAAAUAAAAGCAUAAUAGUCCGCUUCUAUUUAUACCCAAUAAAGUCUGCAAUGUGUGCAAAGGGCUGUUGUAUAAGUGUGCAUAUUUAUUUUUUCAUGAAUAGUUAGACUGUGGCCAAUCUUUUUAUUGCUAUUUAUGUUCAUUCUGAUUUUGUCUGUCAUUAUGUUUUACUGUUUGUCACUCGUUAUUUUAUCUCUAUAUUAAAUGCACUUAAACUUG